AUGGUGGAAGACGAGCGCUUGUCGAUGAAGAGGAAAGGUAUCGACCAAGUGAACGACGAAUUCUCAGAUUUUUCCCUCACUUCUCCGGCCAGAAAGAUUCGUCGUCUGGAUGUGGAUUUGCCACCGAUUAGGGAGGAAGAUAUGGCGAUGCAAGAGACGGAAUCGGAAGAAACCGAGCCUAAUCCGGUAAACGAAGAGAGAUCAAUUGUUCUAUUCAAGCCUCUCCUUCAUCAUCAGCCUUCUUCUUCUGGACAGCUCUUUGUUGACAGAGACUUGAUUUCUGAUUUCAAGAAUAGAUUCUUCCGUGGUGCAUCGAGAGCUGUUGAUAACAAUGAUGAAGAUGAGAAAUCCAACAAGUGCCAAGCAGUUGUUUGCUGGAAUCCUUCUAUAUCUCCUUACUCUGAGCCCAUUGGGACUUUUCAACAGCCACGCCGCACACUAGAGAUUGUUGAGUUGGAUGAGACAUGCGAGGACGCGGUGAUGGAUGAAGCAGCCAUGGAAAUAGAAGAGGAUAACCGAAGCAGCACCGGUUUAUCCUUUCCUCAGCAAGAAGAUCCCACCUAUGGUUUUGGCUUGCACCAGUGGCAGCAGCAUCAACAACAACACUGUAUGGUACCGCCGCUUCCUCAAGUCAACACUACUCCGGUCACUUGGUUCCGAUGA